GCACAAACUGCAGUCUCACUCUCCUCCUCUGUCGCUGCUCCGGUUCUCUCUCCCACCUCUUGUUUCUGUCUCUCUGUUGCUCCUUCUGCGUCUUAUCCGCCCCUCCACCCACCUCCUGCUUCAUUCAACUUACUCCUCCUCGCUCCCUCUGCUCCUUUUCUCUUGCACUGCUUCCCCUCCUCCUCUCUUGUGACCGCUGCUGUUCUCACCGCCUCACCCUGCAUCCCUCUUUUCCAUCUUCUUGCCCUCCUCCUCCUCCUCCUCUUCCUCCACCUCUUUUUGGAGGUCUUUAAAGCUGCCCGGCACACACUUAACGUGACACACUCCCCUGCUCUGUGUGGGUAAAACAUGUCAACUGUUUUGGACCUGGACCAGAUUGCAUGCGCUGGAAAUGGAGUGGAGCACGACAUUGAGACGCCUCACGGUGUUCUUCAUGUGACGAUGAGAGGUGUUCCCAAAGGCAACAGACCCGUCAUCCUAACCUAUCACGACAUUGGCCUCAAUCAUAAAUCCUGCUUCAACACUCUCUUCAACUACGAGGACAUGCAGGAGAUCACGCAGCACUUUGCAGUGGUUCACGUAGACGCGCCCGGCCAGCAGGAGGGCGCACCCCCCUUCCCCACCGGUUAUCGUUACCCGACCAUGGACGAGCUCUCCGAAAUGCUGCCCUCCGUAAUGACGAGGCUGAAGAUCAACAGCGUGAUCGGUAUCGGCGUGGGGGCGGGAUCGUACAUCCUCACGCGCUUCGCUUUGAACAACCCCGCCCUGGUGGAAGGACUGGUUCUGAUCGACGUUGACCCGUGUGCUGAAGGCUGGAUUGACUGGGCUGCUUCAAAGUUGUCUGGAUGGACCAGUAACCUGGUGGAUAUCGUCAUGGCUCACCACUUCAGCACUGAUGAGCUGACGGAGAACCAGGAACUGAUUCAGACCUAUCGCCUUCACAUCGCCCAAGACAUCAACCAGGACAACCUGGCUCUCUUCUGUGGCUCCUACCAAUACCGCCAAGAUCUGGGCAUUGAGAGACCCGUCGUCGGUUUGAAUGAGGACACAGUCAACACAUUAACGUGCCCUGCCCUGCUGGUUGUAGGUGACACAUCACCUGCUGUGGAGGCUGUGGUGGAGUGCAAUUCCAGGUUGAAUCCCACCAAGACUACACUGCUGAAGAUGGCUGAUUGUGGAGGCCUGCCUCAAGUUGUGCAGCCUGGGAAGCUUGCUGAGGCAUUCAAAUACUUUGUUCAGGGCAUGGGCUACAUCCCGUACGUUCAUCUCAGUCACCUGAGCAACGAAUCAGUGCCGUCAGCAGGAAUGACCCGCCUGGCUCGCUCGCGCACAACCUCCUCUUCCAGCAUCACCUCCAUGGACACCAGCCGCAGUCGUAACAACCUCAACAGCUUGCUGGAGAGCAACUCCGCCGGGGCCCUGGACCGCCAGUCUGGGACUCAGACCAUGGAGGUCUCGUGUUAAACCCCCCACCCCGCCCCUGCACUCCCUCAUAGUAACAUAUAUGCCCCCUCUUCUCUCUAAUCUUGUUCCGAUGCAACUUAACGCCAGGGCAUCUAUGUGACAGAAGGAUCUAAUAUAUUAACAGAUGCAUAUAAUAUUAAAUGUACUGUCAGACAUAACUAUAUUCUAAUGUGUUGUGUAUUCAAAUGGGAAACACCAUUUAACUGAGACAUCUAACCUCUUAUUUAUUUAUUUUUUCCACUUUUGUCUUUGUCGUAGCCCUCCUAACACCGUUGAAAUGAUGUGUUUUAAGAACUUUUUUUACUCUUGACAUGUGUGUUUCACUGACCGCCAUUCAUCCCAUCAUUUUAUGUUAAAACCCCAGUCUUUUUCUGGUAGUCCUGGUGUGCAAAGAGGGAUCUUUGACCCUACUGUGGCUUCAGGAGUGGACCUGCAGCACCUCUGCACUGCCUUGGUUCUAACGAAACAAGACAUUUCACAAAGUAGCACUGCAAACUGUAGCACUGAUCCUGUCUGACCACGUCGAAAACUUUUGUAGAGCUACUUUUAAACAUUCAUUUUUUUGGUCUUCUUUUACAAUUUGGUUUUAAAAUCUUUCUCGUUGUCCUUCUGCACCGCGCUGAUGUUUGUGUUUGGCUGAAACUGUACGUGAGAAGAAGAAAAGCCCCCUUCAAGUGGUGCUUCUCACUGUGCUGAUUCCGUGUAUUUAUAUUCUGAAUAAAGCUGCAAAUAAAGUACGCGCCUGCUUCA